GAACGCCUAUCAGAAGAGCUUAUCAUUUCGCGGUGCAAAUCGUUGGGUUGUGGUUUGCGGAAACAGAAAAACACCUUAAAAAAUCCCGACAUUUCCACCACCUUAGACUACGUAAUGCCCCACAAUUUAUGGAGGCAUUUAGGUAAAAUUUAAUUUAAAAGUUAUUUCGGCAAAGCCCAUAGAAAAUUCAAGCUAGUUUAAUACCAAUUUAACAUAGUUCUUCUCAAAACAAAACGCCUAACUCAAAACGCAACACUUAUGAUAAACAUAGAUUUCUCAAGGUUUAAAAACCCUAAACCAAAGAAUGGACAAGCUUAUCAACCAACGCGGCACGAACAAAUUGCCAACAUUGCAACGCACGGGGUUUUUAUGAUCCCUACCAUCUUCGCUCUACAUGCCCUUCAUCACUUAGCACAAGAUAAGUCUUCCAGUCAUAAAGUCAUCGCAUGGGUUUAUGGAGUCUCACUCAUUCUCAUUUUCUCUGUUUCUACAUUCUUCCAUGUGGCCUGUAUGCACGGGAAAAGUAGCAAGUUAAGAUUCAUUCUCCACCUGUGUGAUAGAGGCAUUAUCUAUUUCUUUAUCGCAGCAUCAUACAUGCCAUGGUUAGUGUUGCGUGAUGUCGGAGUCUGGGGAGACACACUCUCCUGGCUUCUUUGGCUUGGUGCUAUUCUAGGAACAUUAUACAAUUACAUCUUCCAUGAAAAGUACAAGACUCUGGAGACAGUGUUUUAUCUAAUGAUAGGGGUCCUUCCAUCACUUCCCCUUAUAUUUAGUGCGACGGAUACCGCUGGUCUUGUGGAGGUUGCGUUAGGCGGAGCAUUCUACAUUAGCGGGAUAUAUUUUUUUAAAGCGGACGGCAAAAUCCCCUUCGCGCAUGCGAUAUGGCACUUGUUUUGCGCGUCAGGUGCGGGGAUGCAUUUCUUUGCCGUCUUCACGCACUUAUACUGAGCCUCGUCCCCACGCUACUCGCGACCAGCUCUGGUAAUUCAGAAUGGCCGACAGUGGCAGCGCUGAUAAAUGUAUGCGCAUGUCGCCUGGGGAGGAGUUUAUCCUAAACGAAUCAAGUAUGGAUAAAAAAUUCACGUAAAAUAACGAAAUGGCACGAUUUUGAGUUUUUUCUUUAAACGUGACAUAAUUUUGUUUUAGAAUAAAUUUAUGAAAUUUUAUUUAUUAAUUUAUCGGCAUUAAAUUGUACAGUAAUGAAAUAGAUAUGAUACACAAUUCUCGUUUAAUGAAUUAAAAUAUUAUUCCAUUUG